AAUAAACACCAAGGUUUUUUCUCCAUCUUUUCCUUUUCAAAUUCGCUGUCUAAUUCACAGAAUCAGCUCCCAAAUCAGUACGAGAUAAUCGCAGAGAUGGAUUCUCCGGCUCCAUUUCUACCAAAUGACGACUGCUUUUCGGCCAACCACGGCGGAAUUUCUCUGGGUCAAUCAGUGAGGUUUUUGAUCUGAUUUUUUUUUUUUCCGAUUCGAAUAAAGGUUACUUUGACAUGGACAAGAGUAUUGUGGCUGUGGAAGAAAGUCAACGAAGAAGUGAUUCGCUAGCUUCUGCAUCGAAAUCUUUUGGAUCAUUAGUUCAGAUUAACUCAAUAGCUAUAGACAUUAGUUGUGCAAUGGAAGAGAUUGAAUCAACACCACACGAACACUUUUCUAUACGUGGGUAUGUUGCUGGAGUAAGGAAAACCGAUUGGAAGAUAUGUUCGCCGUUUGCUUCAGAAGCUGCUGUUGAUCAUGAUUUUGUGGAUAUACUACCUCCAUUAUCUGUUCCCAGUUUCCGAUGGUGGCAGUGUUCAAACUGCGUUCCGGAUAUUGCCGCUGAGAGGAAUGCAGUACAAAUGUUACUGUCUGAUAGAGGUGGUGCUGGUCCAAGUUCUUGUCAGAAAGAAAAACAUGGCUUGUUCUCACGUAGCAAACAAAAAAUAGGUGAUGAGCAUGGGUUGAGAGACACUAGAAUGGAGGAAGACAACUAUCCAAGUACUAAGAUUGUAAAGUAUAAUCCUUGUUGCACUGGAGGACAUGAUAAAGCAACUGCAUGCAGCGGUGAGAAAACAGAUAUGACGAAUAAUGUACAUCGAAACCCAUGUGCUGAUAUAACAGCAAAUAAAUCAUUACAGAUUAGAGAGAGACAUAAUGACGAUGCAGUAGAUGCUCCAGACAUGGUAUAUUCAGCUGAAGAUCCUUCUAUAAGAGUCGAUGAGCCAGAAAAUGCAUCAUCCGGAAAGGAAACACAUAGGAGAAAACCAAAGUUACGUAUGUUGGCCGAUAUAAUGGAGGAAGAAAAGAAUUUGACUAGUGAGCAUCUUCGAACGAGAUCUGAAUCUACUGAGAUGGAAGCUGAUUUAGACCCUCAUCUUGCGUUAGAUGUUCGUACAGACAUUGCAAAAGGUACUAAAAGUCCUCCGAGGAAAAGAAAGAUUGGUCUCGUAGAAGACAGAGUACCUCUGGAGAUAACUCAUCCAAUCGGCACAGCUAAAAGAUCGAAAGGCCCUAUUCCAUAUGCAGAGAAAACAUGUAGGAGAGUCGAAAAUUUUGAAAUAGAAUCAGAAGUGAAUACUUCUUCUCGAUUGAAUUUACAGCCAACUGCAAAGACUAAGCAGAUCAAGCCCAAGAAAAGCAAAGCUCUUGAUGUCGGCAAAAAGGUGAGGCGGGCCCAUAUUGAAAACAGAACAGCUUCCCCGAAAGAGCCCCCCAAGAUAAAUGCUGUGCACUCUGAAAAUUUACAUAAAAUUGAUUUUGCUGCUGAGACAAGUUUUAAUAAUAAUGGACCGUAUUUUCAGAGCUCGAUUUUUGGACAAAAAAUGGAUAGAGUCUCUGAUCUGUCUGAUCAUAUUUCUUUGAUGUCUUCAAGAAAGAACAUCACUGGAGAUUGCAAUGUUCAUGAGAAGGUGGCGUUGGACCUUACGCUCAACAGCUGUAUUAUGGAGGCCGAAAGAAACUCUGACAAUCAACUGUCUCUUCAGCAGCAUAGGGGAAUCCCUGAUUUGAAUGUGUCGUUUUCCGAAAAAACUUAUGUGACGCAAGGGAAGCAGUUGAUGAAUAAUAUUCCCGAGAAUAGGAGUUUGAAUCUGCAUAAAAACUUGGAUAUGUCUGCCUCCUGCAGUAAAGAUAUGGCUAGAGAAGGCAAAAGACAAUUAAGAAUCUCCGAACCUCAACCUUUCCAAAACAUCAUGGAUAACAAUGUUGAACACGGAGGGGCUUCAGAUGAUAUACCAAUGGAAAUAGUCGAGCUUUUGGCCAAGAAUCAACGUGAAAGAGCACUCGGAAAUUCAAGAAAACAUCUCCUGCCUGAGCCCAUCAAUAAUUCUAUUAGAGGGUCGUCUUCUCUCUAUGUGCCCAAUUUCCCUUUCACCAACACAAGCGUGACAAGUGGCAACAUGGGGGUCAGACAAAGAAUCCCAAAUUUCCCAGACGUAGUGAACUGUCAGUUCGACAUGGGUAAUAAUAGUAAUAAUUAUAAUAAUAUCAGUUCAUACAGACCAAGUCAACAGAAACAAACACAGCAAUUAGCCUCGAAUUCGGUUAUGUCCGGACCAAGACCAAGUGAAGGAGCAGAUCUAUUAUGGCCCCCGAGAAGGAAAAAUGCACCUCUUCAUCUAAACGGUACCAAAAACCACCGCUAUGUUCAAUCUAAUGGCUUAGAUAUGCAUGCAUUCUCAGACCACUACUACAUAGGAAAACCCGUUAGUGAAAUAAACAACGGCCGUGAGAAAAAAGUCGAAGAGGGGAGAAUUGGGUCCCGCCCUAAGCCUGUAGGAUCUUUAGAUGCUUAUUCGAAUGAUGCAAUUCCAGCAAUGCAAUUACUGUCUUUGAUGGAUCGAGGAGUUGUACCUGCAGGUACAUCUUCUGACAAAGUAGUUGCCUCGAAUGGUUUUCCUGAUAAGCCCUUCUCUCCAUGCAAUCACCACCCUCGUUUCGUAAACGAGAAUCAGAAAGAUCCAUUUUUCUGCUCUUCUUUCUUUUCGCAAAGCGGCCGCCAAACUAAGGACUUGCCUCCGUUGUUCAAUGGUGUUUAUUUUCCGAGUGGAAGCUCAAAGAAACCUUACUUGCAAGGUGAAAUGCGUCCGCCGCAGAGUGAAUUUAGAACCGUACAUUUGGAGGGACCUAGUAAUCUUGUGAAUCAACAAUCAAUUGUGAAUCAACAAUCAAGAGGUAAUAACAAUGAUGAUCUGGAAUUGGGUGUUUGCACUCUCAAUCGGAACCCUGCUGAUUUCAGCGUUCCCGAUGCGGAAAACGAGUAUACUAUAAGCGGUAAAGAUUUGAAAUAUAGAAAGAGAAAUUAUUCGAGAAGAGAAAAAAUUCGCCCCGCGAAUACGGAGGGCGAGAAGAGACCAAGGAUGAAAAAAGAUGCCUCUGCAAAACAGUGCUGGAGAAAAUAGAUGACGAUUUAAUUUAUAUAUGUUCAGCUUCGAAAGAACUUUUUCUCGCGACUUUUGUUCGAUCUGGUUUGUAUGUUGUGACGUUGACGCUCUUAGGGGCUGUUUGUGUUGUCUUAUGUAUGGGAUUUCUUUUUUUUUUUUUUUUUUUUUUUUUUUUUUAAUCUUAUGUAUUUUUGUCUUUUAGAUGAUUUAUUUUCAGGAGGACUGAAUAUGUAAUUUACGCAAACUCAGGUGGUAUAUCUGUGACUUGCAUUUCUUUUUAAGUUGAGAUAAAAUGAGCUGUUCAAUAUCUCUUUGGAUAA